AUGGACCUCUUGAGGAAGGUGCAGCUGCUAUGCCUAGCUCUCCGCUUGGCGAUGUUCCUUGGAACGUCCAAUGCCGUCUCCGUAUCGUCCUCGACACCAAGCACUGUCAUGACUACAGAGGAGAGUAAUGGGACACGCGCCAUCUCUUUGGAGGAUCCUGAUGCCACCGAAUGGUUCACCCUUGAAGAUGACAAUGAUGUUUUCCUAAGUGACUUGAAUCAAUCGCUUAUUGAAGAACUUGGCAAGGAAAUAACAAGUUCUGAUUAUGUUGGCGGUAAUGUCGACAGAAUCGCUGCAUGGUCUUGGUUUUCAAUUCGCUGGACAUGGGUUGUGAUCUCAGAACUAGUUGUUGGAGUCGUCGGAAUCAUCGGAAACCUCUUGGUAAUCACUGUUCUCUUUCAGCGGCGUGCUAAUAGCCGAUCUACCGAUACCCUCAUAGGCGCACUCGCUGCGGCGGAUCUCUUUACUUCAAUUGCGUUGCUCCCUGUAAGGUCCGCCAAGACUGUCCCACCCACUUGGCUUGGACAGAUCUAUUGUAGAGUGAUCUGGCAGGCCCUUUACAUGUGGGUUUGGGCCAUCAUGUCAGGAUUUCUGCUGACUGCCAUCUCUGUUGAGCGUUACAUCGCGGUCACUCACCCGAUCUACUUCAACAGGAUCUUGACCAGACGGAGAGUAUCUGAGGUGGUUGUCAUUUUGUGGAUUUGCGCAGUGAUAGCCACUGUCCCUUCUUACUUUGUAAUCGAAGUAGACAAUGUCCGUCAUCGAUGCACCGUUACAAAAAGUUUAAGGUCACCUGCAAUUCAGACAGCUUACGGUGUCUACGUUACAUCCAUUCAGCUGUUCAUACCAGCAACCAUCAUGGCCAUUACUCAAACCUUAAUCGCCAUCAGGCUCAAUGCCCAUUCAAAGCAAUUUGAAGGUUCUAAAUCGUACCAUCUUGCCGCUAGUAGAGCCGUCAUCAAAAUGAUGCUUGUCGUCAUCAUCGCAUACGUGGCCUGUUGGACGCCGAAUCGAUUGCUCUUCUUGCUAACUAGGCUUCUCCGUAUUCGUACCGACGUGAAAAGUCAGAUUUCUGAGGCCUUCUUCAUCCUUGCUGCUGUCAACUCCAGUAUCAACCCAAUCAUCUACAGCAUCCGUUACCAGGAGUUCCGCAAUGCUGUCAAGGAUUUGUUUGCAGGAGGGAAAGUUCGAAGUAAAGCGAUGUUCGAUGCUCCUGUUGAAGUUAAUACCGAGCUUACAAAUGACGGAACUGCAUAA